CUCACCUCAAAAGUGAAAGGACCCAACGGCCGAGUGAGCCAUUUAGCAUGACCAUGGAUGAUGCCACCGCCUUGGCCGACGACGAGGCCAUGUGCAUGGCACACAUCUCGGCCUUCCUUGCGACGACGCCCGACUUUGGCUUUGGUAGCAGCUCGUCGCCAACAUCUAGCGAUACCAGCCUCUCGCGCCCAAGCGUCGACAACCUACGGUCGACGAAGCGCAGCCGCCCCAAGGAUGAGAUGGCGCGCCUGCAGGCCACGCACGUCGAGCUCGAGCGCCAGCUGCAGCUCUUGCAGCUAUUGCGCCGGCCCCAGAGAACGCUCACGCCAUGGCAAGCGCGCGCCCGGCGCGUGGCCGAAGCUGCCCAACGGUCGCUGCAGGAAAACAGCCGCCUGCGAAGGCUCAUCGACGACCAGCGCAAGGUGCUGGAUACACUGGAGCGUGCAGUGACCAAGCGGCCGCGCUGUGCACCGCUGGACAGCACCAGCGACGGAAGCGCCGUGGCCAAAAUUCCGCAACUUGUGCUCGACCACUACGACAAGAUGGAAUCUGAGUGGAUCCGGCGUCGGCUCUACGAUGCCAAGGCGCCAUUACGGCAAAUGACCGUCGAGCGCAGCGCCGUCGACGGAACCAUGAGGAGCUUCAGUAUGGUCGCGAAAAUGAGCGCACCGCUCGACUACACGUCCCUUGGCGAUCUCUUUUGGACGCACAAGACGGGCUUCCUUGGCCCGUCGUGCACGGUGCAGCACACAAUCACGGACGACGUCGUAUGUACGCGAGAGCUCAUCCACCGACCCGACGUGCCCGAGCUCGUGCUAGAGACACACGAUUGUUUGGGUCGCUUCCACGAGCCAGGCCGGAUGGUGAUGGUGUGGCGAAGCCUCAGUGCAAACGAAACGAUCACGCGCCAUGGUGCUGAUCAUCUUGUGGGCCACCGCUGGGGCUGGCUCAUGGUCGAGCAAAUAUCCAAGUUUGAGUCUCUUGUCCAGUGCAGCAUGACGACACGGGUACCGGCACAAAAGGAAACCCCCACCGCUGUCGCGCCCGCGUGGGUUGAGUGGCUCUUGCAGUUUUCACAAACCAGCAAGGACACGUUUGGCGGUGCCAUGGAGACCGCGCUCUUUGCGCGCCGGGAAGAGCUCGGCCUUUCCAACGACUCGAUCAAUAUCCAAGUUCUGAUUGCGCACCCGACUCUGCACCGCGAAGAGGUCGUGUGACAGCACUUUGCACUUUGCACUUUCACGAACCACACCUCCCACAAGAAUUAGGUAGAAAUUGUAGGAGGGUAAUUCCAGAUCACAAUGUACGCCAUCCUUUCAAUCGA